AGCUUCCGGGCUGGCAACACUGGCCCGGUGAUGCUCAGAUUUACUAUUUUACUCAAUUUUAGUUUCGUUUUAUCACAUUCAUUUUUGUUAAAUUUUUAACCGAAUACACAACGUUGAUAGAUUACAUCACUACAAUGCCAGAUGUUUGGUUACAAGGAUAAGUUGUCGAGCCAUCCCGCAACGAUUCUCAGGCGUAGCGGUUGAGAAAAGAGGACUGAUUGACUUGCUGCACAAAACCUCCGCCUGCAACCCCUCACCCACUGCAGCAAGUCAAAAUACAUUUCCUCCAGUCUUUCCACUCACAAAGCAGUGAUCCUUCAUCCACAGCUUUAGCCUGACUCCAUCCUCAAAUAUGAAGCUGAAAGAGGACAUGAACCCCCUGCUGCUGCAGGUUUUCCGCUCUGUGGUCUGGGUCUACUCCGUCAUCACCUUCAUACCCUGGUACUUCUUCUCCGGGGCUGGCACCAACUUGGAACGGGCUCGUCGGAUCAAGGCGCGUUCGGUUAGCAGACACCCAGCUGGACCUUACAGAGCCCUAAACAGCCAGGAGAAGCUGGUGGCAUGGCUGCACCCUGGGGUGGACACUCUGGACAAAAUGUUUGAAUACGCUGCUAAGAAGUUUCCUCAUCGAGACUGCCUCGGCACAAGGGAGGUUCUCAGUGAAGAGGAUGAGGUUCAGCCCAAUGGCAAGGUUUUCAAGAAGGUAAUUUUGGGAAAAUAUAACUGGCUGACAUACGAGGAAGCCUACCUGGCAGCGAAGUGUUUUGGCAGCGGUCUUGCAGCUCUUGGCCAGAAUCCUCAAUGUAACAUUGCCAUCUUCUGUGAGACCAGAGCAGAGUGGAUUGUAGCAGCGCAGGCCUGUUUCAUGUACAAUUUUCCGCUUGUGACUCUUUACGCAACUCUUGGACCUACGGCUAUUGCCCACGGCCUGAAUGAGACUGAAGUCACUCAUAUCAUCACAAGCAAAGACCUUCUUCAGAGCCGUCUCAAGGCCAUACUGUGUGACGUGCCCAGGCUCCGGUACAUCAUUGUAGUCGACAGCAAACCCACUAGCUGGCCUGACAUCCCCAGGGGCAUCAUGGUCUACAACAUGGACACCGUGAAGGAGAUGGGAUCUAAGCCUGAUAACAUAUCGGUAGACCGCAGACAUCCAGUGCCCUCAGACAUCGCUGUCAUCAUGUACACCAGCGGCUCCACAGGCAUCCCCAAGGGUGUCAUGAUCUCCCACGGCAACAUCAUUGCUGGCAUCACUGGCAUGGCUGAACGAAUUCCUAACCUCAAUGAAACCGACACCUACAUUGGCUAUCUGCCUUUAGCCCACGUUUUGGAGCUCAGUGCUGAACUGGUGUGCAUCUCUCAUGGCUGUCGCAUUGGCUAUUCAUCCCCUCAGACUCUCGCUGACCAGUCUACCAAGAUAAAGAAGGGCAGCAAAGGUGACACAAGUGUGCUGAGACCUACUCUAAUGGCUGCUGUACCAGAGAUCAUGGAUCGUAUUUAUAAGAAUGUCAUGACCAAAGUGGAGGAGAUGAGCAAGUUACAGAAGACACUCUUUGUACUGGCAUAUAAUUACAAGAUGGAGCAGAUUUCCAAGGGCUACAGUACGCCUCUCUGCGACAGUCUGGUCUUCAAACGGGUCCGUUCGCUGCUCGGUGGACACACACGGGUAUUACUUUCUGGCGGAGCUCCACUCUCAGCUGCUACACAGCGUUUCAUGAACAUCUGUCUGUGCUGUCCUGUGGGGCAGGGCUAUGGCUUGACAGAGACCUGUGGAGCUGGCACCAUCAGUGAAGUCUGGGAUUAUAGCACAGGACGUGUCGGUGCCCCACUUGUUUGUUCAGAGAUCACACUCAAGGACUGGGAGGAGGGCGGUUACUACAGCACAGACAAGCCAAACCCACGAGGGGAAAUUUUGAUCGGCGGACCCAACGUAACAAUGGGUUACUACAAAAAUGAAGCCAAGAACCGUGAGGACUUUUUUGUGGAUGACAACGGUCAGAGAUGGUUCUGCACUGGAGACAUCGGAGAGUUCCACUCGGACGGAUGCCUCAAGAUCAUCGACCGCAAGAAGGACCUUGUGAAACUGCAGGCUGGCGAAUACGUGUCCCUGGGAAAAGUUGAGGCUGUUCUGAAGAAUUGUCCUUUCAUUGACAACAUCUGUGCCUACGCCAACAGUGACCAGUCGUAUGUGAUUAGCUUUGUGGUGCCAAACCACAAGCAGCUAAUGGCGCUGGCGGAGCAAAUGCAAGUGAUGGGCACAUGGGAGGAGAUCUGUAACAACUCCCAAAUAGAGAAAGAGGUCCUUCGCAUAAUUACUGAGGCUGCUAUUUCAGCAAAACUGGAACGAUUUGAGAUCCCAAAGAAGAUCCGGUUGAGCGCCGAGCCCUGGACACCUGAGACUGGUUUAGUCACAGACGCAUUCAAACUAAAACGCAAGGAGCUCAAAACACACUACCAGGAGGACAUUGAGAGGAUGUACGGCGGAAAAUAACAGACACACUCCAAAAAAACCCAACAUAAACACACACACACAUAUAUAUAAAUAUAUAUAUAAUAUACUUGCACACAUACAUAAGGAGCUCAGAAGCCACUACCUGGACUACUUGGAGACUUGUAAUUUAGAUACAGGUAUUACACACAUACACAUUUGCACACACACACACACACACAAAACCACCCAAGCAUCUCCUCCUCGGCUUCCUGCGACCAGCUUCGAUCAAAGGAGGGGAAAACUUGAAUCCAGCUUAAUGCUCUCUGUCAAGACCAAAAGGCAGAAGGUCCCUUACAGACAAGUGAACCAGCCAAACAGGCAUGGCGCAAUGCACCCAGCUCUUUUGAUGGAUUUAGCCCAUUGGGUUGUCAUGACAACCAAGGCGGCACAUGAAGUCGGACGGCCGCGCUGACUUGAAGUGAAGUAAAUGUCAGGCUAGACGUAUCUGGAUCAAUGUCCGCACACCCUUCUCUGUUGCUUUCCUCCCUCACUUCUCUCUGGAUGGUCUGGGACUUGUGGUGCAGAUUUCUGGCAGGGAAACGGGGUAGCAUCGCCCGGGGUCUGAUACAGAGAUCCCUCCUGGGCUUUAAGUAACAUUCAGGUUGGAAACUAUGCAGGGAUCUCCUAUCUUUUUAUUUUAUUACUCCUUUUUUUGUAUUUGUUGCUAUGUUUCUUUUAAUGUUCAAUUUGUUGGCUCGCAUUUGCAUAUUUUUUUGUGAGGAAUCAGUUUUGCAAAGAAAAGAUUGAGUAUGAAAUAACUUUUCUUACGGUUUAUGGUUGUUACUCCAAGGGUUUUUAUUUCUGUAUGUUUUAUAUUACCAUUUUAUUAAUGCUAAUUGUACUUUGAUGAGCUUUGUUUACAAGCUUUGUUUUCCUAUUGUUUUGCCUCUGUGUCUGUUUUAUUAUUUGGGUAUGUGCUUCAUGACUUGACUCAAAGUGUUUUCAGUCCCUGCUGCUCUCAGGCCUCGCAGUAGGGUCAAACAGAAAUACAUCAUGCAUCCAUAUUUUUUUUUUUUUUUUUAAAUCUCUGCUCAAUCCUCUGAGCUCUCACAGGCCAUUUGGUUUUGGUUAACUGACAUUACCCUGCCACAUCUGCCGCAGACCCCUCCUCUUCCUCCUCCUCCAAUCUUGACCAAUGCACCAUCAGGAUUUCUCCAAGGGAACUUAGCUUAGCGUAGAGACAGAUAGUUAGCGUUCCUCUCAUUCCCUGUUACUUUGGGUGCAACUGUACAUGUUCUCCUUUUUCCUAUAGCUUCUAGUUACGUUUGUCUUUUCUACUUACAAACAUGAAAUACGAAAUGAAUGUGCAAUAUUUAUACACAAAUUUUAAUCUACAGUAUGUAGGAAGGAAAACACCCCUCCUUAGUGUAUGAAUGUUUAUAGGCCUGAUUAGUGAAGGCUUAUAUUAAUAUAAACACAAUGCAUAUAGGAAUAGAGGAUGGUAGAGACACACUGAUAGGGAAGUGUAGGUGUAGCCCGUAUGAACGUACUGUGCUAAAACUCAUGACUGUAAAAUAACGACUGAUAUUUGGCUUUGUAGAAAUCGCAUGAUGGAAAGUGUGCAACUGUACCAAAGUGCUUGAAUAUAUAUAUAUAUAUUUGAGAGAGAAAGACUGAUGUGAAAUCACACUCCGGUUAAACAACGGAAGAAAUUUCUUACGAAUACACUCCGUAUGUAAUUAUGAAUUUAUAGCAUAAGCUCAUUUAGGAACAAUGUUUUUCACUGAGUGCAGAUAAUGUUUCUCUAUCUCCAGAUUGGUUCAUGUGUGAUACUGUAUGUGCAAUGUAUAUUAUAUUAAAAAAAAAAGGUCAGUUUUUUGGAUUUUGUUAACUGCCAUAUAUUUAAACCAUAUAAAACAUACACAUUUAUUUCUUUAGGGUGGUGUAGGUAAUCUCUGAGCGGCAUCAGUACUUUUGACUCCUGUUUUGAGCCUGAGCUGCUACAGUCUUUCUUGUCUUUAGUUGCAUGGACAGAAGAUUAAGAAGUAUUUGCCAGCCAGCCACAGUGAUGACAUAACUGUCACAGCCGCCCUCUUUGAAUGCAAAUCCAGCUUUGCUUAUACUGAAGAUAUACAUUACUAAAGGUACAGUCCGGUACUCUAUCUACUUCUCUUAUCAGAUGUCUACUAGUUCAAUGCAGAAGGGUUAUUUUAGCAUGUAAAAACUAUGACAAUACUCUCAUACCAGUGGGAACCCCUCCUUCCUCCUGUGUUUUUAUAACAUUUCUCUACUCUGAUAUUUCAGUGACAAGGCGUUAGCUUACUGUGCUGUUUGCUGCUUUUGCUCUGCCUGGCAAGAGGCGGCUAGUUGCCUUCUGACACACAUGAGCUGUCUUCAGGGGUCUUAAGAAUGUGAAGUGCUCCCCGUGUUUUGUUGAUAGCGCACAUGCCGUGUGUCCUACUGACAACAUCCUUUUCACUAAUAAUGGCAAGGUGAAGACGGUGGGUGGUGCGAAGAUGAAUUUCACCACUUGUUUUUACUUAUUGUAAAUAGGUUGAGUUGGGAGGGAUUGAUCAAAGUUCAUUUUAAAACUACCAAUAAUUGUACAGGUGUAAAGCCUCCUGUUAACAUAUUGAAUAAUACUCUUUGUUACUGAUCAGUUUUUGGGGUUUGCUCUUGUUUUUGUGUAGUUAAAUGGCCCUUUAAGCUGGGCUAUUGAAAGUGUCUCCUUCCUUAUUUAUUUGUGAUUUGGCCUUGAAAAUUAUGUAAUAAAAUAAAAGUUUGUGUUGUAAA